AUGACAUCCCCGCUACUGGCUUAUAUCCUACUUCUUUCAGCCCUUCAUACCUGCUCUCUAACAAUCGAGUCCGAGGAGGACUACGAGGAUGUCACUGUGAACCAGAUGCUGGCUCCUAAAUCCCAGCAAACCGACGCCACGGAAAUACUCAAUAAUUUACUGAAAGAAUAUGACAAGAAACUGCGACCGGAUAUUGGAGUUAAACCAACUGUCAUUGACGUUGAUAUAUACGUGAACAGUAUUGGGCCAGUUUCUUCAAUAAAUAUGGAAUAUCAAAUUGACAUCAUCUUUGCCCAGACGUGGACCGACAGUCGCCUCAGAUACAACAGCACAAUGAAAAUACUGACUCUGAACAGCAACAUGGUUGGACUUAUUUGGCUACCUGACACCAUCUUCAGAAACUCCAAGACUGCAGAUUCCCACUGGAUUACAAUGCCUAACCAGCUGCUCAGGAUAUGGAACGAUGGGAAGAUACUUUAUACCUUAAGGUUGACCAUAAACGCAGAGUGCCAGCUGCAGCUGCACAACUUUCCAAUGGAUGAACAUUCAUGUCCGCUCAUCUUCUCCAGCUAUGGAUACCCACAAGAUGAAAUGAUUUACAAGUGGAGGAAGAACUCUGUGGAGGCGGCUGACCAAAAGUCCUGGCGUCUGUACCAGUUUGAUUUUAUGGGCCUGAGGAACACUACAGACGUCAUAAAGACUACAGCAGGCGACUACGUGGUGAUGACCGUGUACUUUGACCUGAGCAGAAGAAUGGGCUACUUCACCAUCCAGACAUAUAUCCCCUGCAUCCUCACUGUGGUUUUGUCCUGGGUGUCCUUCUGGAUUAAAAAAGAUGCCACUCCAGCCAGAACAGCUUUAGGUAUAACCACAGUUCUGACCAUGACCACUCUCAGUACUGUGGCCAGGACAUCACUGCCCAGAGUGUCUUAUGUCACCGCCAUGGACCUUUUUGUCACCGUCUGCUUCCUGUUUGUCUUUGCUGCUCUGAUGGAGUACGCUACGUUAAAUUACUACUCGUACAGCGUUCGAAGACCCAGCUACAUGGAACCGAAAAGACUGGUGAGCUAG